UCUGAGAAAUUUGUCAAAAUUGAGGUUUAUGUCUCAAACAGCUUUAAAGUUAACUAGGUCUAUGUCCAUUGCUAAUUUAUGUGGAUAUUGUGAAUAUUUUAAUGUCAGUGGCAAAGCUACAAAGGUCCAUCUGCAUAAUUUAGCAUAAUUUCAAAGUCACAAAGGUCUAUCACAUUUCCAAGAUGGCUGCCAGAAAGCAUGGGCGAUUAAAAACUUUAAAGGAGAAUGAAAUCAGCGAUUUAUUGGAAAGGUCGGAUAUUGUUGCAGAUUAUGCAGAGGAUACCAGCGAUUUUGAUGAAAAUAGUUCUGGUGUUGAUGAGAAUUAUGAUCCAAGAGGAGAAUUAUUUGAUGAUGAAUCGAGUUCAACUGAUGAUCAUGAUGAACCCAAUCAACAAGUUAGCACUGGUGAAAAUUCUGUCCUGACAGACUUGCAAAAUGUACCUGGUCAAUUGCAACAGGUAGAGAGAACUGUCCACGUUCAUCAACGCACUGGAGUUCCUCUGACUCGAAAGCGCCAGCGUAACCCGGCUAGUUGGAAAAGGAACAUUAGAAAGAAUAAAAGACAAUCUGGAGAAAAGUAUAUAAACAGUCGUGGGAAUGAGCAAGCUGCAAGGUCUGUGAAAACAAAGAAAGAUUGCAGUAAAUGUAAUUUUAAAUGUCGUUCUAAUGUUACUGAGGAAGAUAGGUCUGCUAUCUUCAAUGAGUUUUGGAAAAUGAGUGACAACGAGAAAUUGCACUUUUAUGGAAAAACAACCGAGCAAGAAUCAACAAAAAGUUCGAAAGCUGGAACACCAUGCCGAAAAGAAAAACAGUCUAAGUUAUAG